UGUAGACAGUUGAAAUUUAUAAGAUUCGUUGCGUGCAUAAAAAAGCAUAGCAUGAACGAUAAGCUAAAUAAAUCACAUUAUAUGCGGAUAAAUCCGGAAAUUGUUCAUAAAAUAUAUUGAUAAACAUCAUUUAAAUAACACGGAAGUUGACUUGCACUGACUCCCGUUUCAGAAGUACGUUAUUGCAAGUCUUCGUUCAAAGGUGUCCUCUGCAAUGAUGGAAGGUGCCUCAAAAAGUGAUGCCACACCACAGACGGCUGUUGCUGCACAAGUUCCGUUCAUCGACCUCUGCACAGUUCUGGAGAACAUCCAAAAGACCAAACUCCGACCAGACAAAGGCAAAAUUCUAAAGGAUUUUAUUGAUUCUUGGAGGAACUUCCAUGCAGCACUUCACAAGGACAAUUCCAAUACCACAGAUUCAUUUUACGCAGCCAUGCGUCUUAUUGUGCCUCAAUUUGAACGAGAGCGAAUGGCUUACGGUAUAAAAGAAAACAUGCUUGCCAAACUAUAUAUUGAAGUUUUAGGCCUGCCUAAAAAUGGACCUGACGCAAACAAACUCCUAAAUUAUAGAACUCCAACCACAAGUCAAGGAGAAGCAGGUGACUUUGCCCUUAUGGCCUACUUCGUCCUGAAAAAAAGGUGUACAAGUCAGGGGAAUUUAAGCAUUAAAGAAGUCAAUGACUUCUUGGAUUCCGUAGCUAUCAACAAUGCCAGCAAACAGAAGGAUCAAGUGAAGAAAAGCCUUUUGCAUCUGAUAACCCAGAGUUCAGCUUUGGAACAGAAGUGGCUCAUUAGAAUGAUCCUCAAGGACAUGAAACUUGGCAUUAGCAAGGAGACAGUACUUCAGGUUUUCCAUCCAGAUGCACCAGAACUCUACAAUGUCACCACAGAUCUGAAUAAAGUCUGCCGACAGCUUCAUGAUCCAUCUGUGUCCCUCAGUGAGGUCUCCAUCGAUCUGUUUUCUGCUUUUAAACCAAUGCUGGCUGCUGUUGCCAACAUCAGACUGAUAGAGAAGCAAAUGGGCAACCGGACAUUCUAUAUUGAGACAAAGUUUGAUGGUGAGCGCAUUCAGCUGCACAAAGCUGGAGAUGUUUACAAAUACUAUACCAGGAACUCUUAUGAGUACACGCAACAGUUUGGGGCCUCUCCACUAGAGGGCUCCCUCACACCAUACAUUCACAACGUCUUCAAACCUCAUGUGGUAAACUGCAUAUUGGAUGGAGAGAUGAUGGCUUAUAACCCUACAACUGAGACCUUCAUGCAGAAGGGCAGUAAGUUUGAUAUUAAAAGGCUGAUGGAUGACUCUGAUUUGCAAACCUGCUUUUGCGUAUUUGAUGUCUUGUUAGUAAACAAUCAGAAGUUUGCAAAUGAGCCUCUCAAGAAGCGCUACGAAAUUCUUGAGACUGUCUUAACACCGAUCAAAGGUCGUAUCCAGUUGGUCACAAAAUCUGAAGGCAAAACCAUGCAAGAAGUGGUGAAUUCUCUCAAUGAGGCCAUUGACAAUCUGGAAGAGGGGAUUAUGGUUAAGGAUCCCAUGUCCAUCUACAAACCAGAUAAACGGGGCGAAGGAUGGGUGAAAAUUAAGCCUGAAUAUGUAGAUGGUCUGAUGGAUGAGCUUGAUCUGCUGAUAGUGGGAGGCUACUGGGGUAAAGGCAGGAGAAGCGGGAUGCUCUCUCAUUUUCUGUGUGCGGUAGCAGAGGUGCCGAGUCCAGGGGAGAAGCCCACAGUGUUCCACACCCUCUGCCGCAUUGGAUCAGGCUACACUAUGAAAGAACUGUACGAUCUUGGUCUGAAGUUGGCCAAACAUUGGAAAGUUUACAACAGAAAUAAUCCUCCAGCUGCCAUCUUGUGUGGAACAGAAAAACCAGAGGUUUACAUAGAACCACGCAACUCAGUGAUCAUACAAGUCAAAGCGGCAGAGAUCGUCUCUAGUGAAAUGUAUAAGACCAACUGCACAUUACGCUUCCCAAGAAUAGAAAGAAUCAGAGAAGACAAAGAGUGGUAUCAGUGCAUGACCUUGGCUGAACUGAGCCAGUUCCGCUCCAGAGCUUCUGGAAAGCUGGCAUCCAGACAUCUACAUAUCCAAGAGGACCAGCCUGAAAAGAAGAAGCACAAGUUCGUAGCCAAGCCCAAGAAGACAAUCGGAGUCAUUGACCACUUUAAAUCUCAGGAUUUAUCAGCGGUCACCAAAGAGACGGAUAUGUUUGAAGAUGUGGAGUUUUGUGUGAUAAAUGGCAAUGAUGAACAUUCCAAGGCAGAGCUUGAGAAAGUUGUGGCCCGCUGUGGAGGCAUUGUUGUGCAGAACCCUGGGAAAGACACAUACUGUGUGAUUGCAGCUGCGCACAACAUGAGAGUAAAGAACCUCAUCUCCUCAGACCAACAUGAUGUGGUGUGGGCUACUUGGCUGCUGGAGUGUCUGGAAAAUAAGCAGGUUAUACCCUGGCAACCACGUCACAUGAUCCACAUGUCACCUUCCACCAGGGACCACUUUGCUAAAGAGUAUGAUCAGUAUGGAGACAGUUAUUAUGUUGACACUGAUGAACAACAGCUGAGGGAAGUCUUUGAAAGGAUUGGCCCCACAGAAGCUGAGUGUUCGUCUGUGGCACAGAUAGAAGCAGAGAAUGCCUGGGAUGACUUGCCCACUAGCAUUUUUAGGCCUUGCACUGCAUACUUUGACCGGUGUGCUGACCUUGGAGAUCCAAAAACCAUCAUACGGGGUACAAGUUUGGACACGCGUGCCUUAGAAUUCCGAUUCCAUGGUGGUACUGUUGUGGAGAAACUGAAGGAAGGAAUCUCGCAUGUCAUAGUAGAAAGUGAAAGAAGAACUCUGGACUUGAAGACGUUGAGGCGACUUUAUGCUAAGAAGUUCAAAAUUGUUCGAGAAUCUUGGGUGACCGAUUCUAUCAAAGCAGGCCAUGUAGAGGAUGAGACUGCCUACUUAAUAUAACCAUGAAGGCUACUACACAAACUAUAACACUGGAAGAUUGUGGUGUUUUAAUACUAGCUGUAAUAAACUACACUGGAUAACCAUUAGUUGCAUUAAAGGUAACCAUUUAAAAAUAUAUAUAAAAUGAUGGGACUGGAAAGGAUUACAGUUUGAAUUAUAAGGAGAAUAAUUUACUGUUGAAAGUACAUCAGUACCUUUUUAAAGUUUGUCAUAUGUCUCUGAUUUAAAGCACUAAGUAAGACUGAGUUUGAUUUAAAGUACUGAGAAAAAUUUUACAGGUGGAAACAACGUCUUUUGGAGAAAAAAAACCUUUAUUUUUCUUACGCUGUGUUUUGUUCUAAAUAAAAAUGUCAAAAUUAUAGGAUGUACUGUAUUAAAUGGGGUGGUUAUAACAUAAUGGUUAAGAAUCUUAGCCUUUAUAUGUCACCCUAUUAAUUACAUUGAUGUUACUGUACAAUUAGUUACAUAAGAUGGAAAUUAUAUGCAA